CGCAACGCGUAUAGAGGGCUUUGUAAAAGAUAACGCUACCGAGUGGCUUGUAAUCCAAGUGAUGGCUACGGCAUUUGAAACCGAAAUGGGUGUUCUACCCGAAUUGUCCAAGGCUGUGCAAGAAAUGGACUGGAUUUUACCUACCGACAUCCAAAGUGAAGCCGUCCCUUUGAUCCUCGGUGGAGGUGAUGUUUUGAUGGCCGCUGAAACUGGGAGUGGAAAAACAGGAGCAUUUUGUUUGCCUGUUCUUCAAAUUGUGUAUGAAACACUUAAGCUUUUUCAAUCUAAUAAACAGAACAAAGCUAGUGUUAUGUCGAAGCAGCCAAGCGGCCAGAUGAAGCUCAAUGUAUACGAUCGCACCGACGCUAUGGCUAUUGAUAGCAAUGGGCUGCUUUGCCAAAGUCGUGACCCAGGUGGAUGGCAUGGAGCUAGAGCAAAUCGUGGAGUAAAGGGUUCAGGUCGUUAUUACUAUGAGGCGCGCGUAACUGACGAAGGACUAUGUCGGGUUGGCUGGUCAACCCUAAAUGCGUCACAUGACGUUGGGACUGAUGCUGAAAGUUUUGGCUUUGGUGGAACUGGCAAAAUGUCACAUCGUCGACAGUUCGAUACGUAUGGUGAGGCCUUCGGUAAAGGAGAUAGUAUUGGCUGUUUCCUUGAUCUUGAUAAUGGAUCCAUAAGUUGGUCAAAAAAUGGUAAAAUGUUUGGAAAAGCUUAUGACAUUCCAGCUCCUUUUCGUUCUAAAGGAUUGUUUCCAUCAGUAUGUUUAAAAAAUGCUGAGUUAAGAUUUAAUUUUGGCGAUAGUGCAUUUGAUUUUCCACCACCAAAUGGUUGGAUAAGCAUUAGUCAAUGUCCAGAAACAAACAGUGUUGAAACUACUUUUAAAGCUACCUCAUGUGUUUCAGUCAACAAACCUAGACCAAAUGCUCCACUGGCUUUAAUUAUUGAGCCUUCUCGUGAACUAGCAGAACAAACUUAUGAACAGAUUAAAAAAUUUAAACGUUAUUUAAAAGAUCCAUGUCCUCGUGAAUGUUUACUAAUUGGCGGUGCCAACAGUAAACAACAAUUGGAUGAAUUAAAUGCUGGGGUUGAUAUUGUUGUGGCUACUCCUGGACGUUUGGAUGAUCUAAUUUCAACACAGUCUCUUUUAUUAAGUAAUUGUCGUUUUUUCGUCUUGGAUGAAUGUGAUGGUCUUCUGUCUGCCGGUUAUGGUGAUAUGGUUUCUCGAAUACACAAACAAAUACCUAAGGCUACUGCUGAUGGAAAUCGUUUACAAAUGAUUGUUUGUUCUGCAACUCUUCAUUCCAUGGAUGUCAAACGUUUAGCCAAUAAACUGAUGCAUUUUCCUGUAUGGAUAGAUCUGAAAGGUCAAGACAGUGUCCCAGAAACAGUACAUCAUGUAGUUUGCCUUAUUGAUCCUACUAAUGAUAUUUCAUGGAAAGAAUUAAUGAAAUCCAAUAAACAUAUACAAACAGAUGGUGUUCACAUGAAAGAUCAACUUAAUCCUAGUUCAAAUACACCAGAGCUUUUGUCAGAAGCUAUUAAAUUACUCAAAGGUGAAUAUGUUAUUCGUGCAAUUAAACAACAAAAUAUGGAUCGUGCACUUAUUUUCUGUCGUACUAAAUUAGACUGUGAUAAUCUUGAACAGUAUUUCAUAUCAAUGGGCGGUGGACCUAAUCGUCGUGAUUCACCAUUUAGCUGCGUUUGUCUUCAUAGUGAUCGAAGUCCUCCGGAACGUAAAGCAAAUUUGCAAAAGUUCAAGAAUGGUGAAGUUCAUUUUCUCAUAUGUACAGAUGUUGCUGCUCGUGGUAUCGAUAUUACUGGUCUUCCAUAUGUAAUCAAUGUGACAUUACCAGAUGAGAAACAAAAUUACGUUCAUAGAAUCGGUCGUGUAGGUCGUGCUGAAAGAAUGGGUCUUGCAAUUAGUUUGGUAUCAACUGUUAAAGAAAAAGUAUGGUAUCAUUCCAAUUGUUCUACACGUGGUCGAGGCUGUUACAAUACUCGUUUGUUAGAUCAAGGCGGUUGUUGUACUUGGUAUAAUGAGCCUAAUUUAUUAAGCGAAAUUGAAGAACACUUAGGUGUAACUAUUGAUACAGUGGAUAAAAAUUUAACUAUACCUGUGGAUGCAUUUGAUGGCAAAGUUGUAUAUGGUCAAAAAUUAAAACAAAUGACGCCAAAAUAUAAAAGUCAUGUAGAUAUUUUAGCUUCGUCUGUUAAAGAAUUGGAUAAUCUUGAAAAGAGAUCACAACAAGACUUUUUACGUUUACGAUUCGAUGGUGAAUUAGCGAUAUAACAUGAGUAGUGGUGCUGGUGAUGGUGAUGAUGGUCAUAGCUAACUUUGUCUAUUUCUUCUUUCAAAUUAACAAUAUUGAUUAUUGAUAAUGAUGAUGAUUAUUACUAUUCACUUGUAAAUUUACGAAUCAAUCAAUAAAUCGAAAUUGUGUGUGUGUGUGU